UCGGAAUUGAUAUUGCUAGGAGACGCUGGAUAGAAAUAUCGAUUACGCAUCCAAAACAUCUAAGUUGAAGUUUUCGCAUAGAUUUCACAAUUUUGGUCGGUAUUAUGGAACAAGUGGCUGAGAUAAGUGGGUCUGGAUCACAUUCUUUCCCCGACAAAGCUAUAGAUGAUGGAAAUACAUUUCAAAUAAGGCCAACCUUGGAGAAUUCCUUUCAGACAUUUCAAGUCAAAGAGAUAAUCAAGGCUUGCUUAGCCAGAAUUCUCACGGAUAAAACUUACUCGAAAGAUGAUGUCGCGUCGUGGACAAAACAGAUCGCUCAGGAUGUGGGCAAUCAAAUAAUAGAGCUGAAAAUGAAACGAUACAAGCAUGUGGUUCAGGUGGCAUUAGGGCAACAACUGGGGGCCGGAUGUAAAUAUAUCGCACGCUGUCGUUGGGAUGCAGAAUGUGAUAGCCAAGUGUCUGAUGUUUUUACAAACACAAGCCUUUACUGUAUAGUAACAGUUUUUGGAGUUUAUUUAUACUAAUCGUGCUAGUCGUACUUCGUCCAAGUACUAGUUCCUCAAAUCCUAGAACUGAAAUUUGAUUAUUGGGCGCAGAAUUUGCAGAACCUAGUGCGAACACUAAGGCACUGUUACAAAUAUUCCAAAAUGAAUCAACAAGCAAUAUUGAGGGUAUAAUAAUAAUAAAAGUAUAAUUUUAUCCGUAUACUAGAAGCACUAGAAAUAUUUUUCAUUUUCCCAUACUUGUUAUUUUUGUCUACAAAUAAAAGAGUCUGAAAAUUUGAAA